GGUGAUUGUUUGGGAGAAGGAAAACAUAUAAAGGGGGAGAGAGACGGAUUGGGGAGACAAGUGGAGGGAAGACGAGGAGAACGGAGCUGCCUCCCAUUUUGAUACACAUUACAAACUUUUUUGCAAACAACAGACAGCAUGUUGGCUGCCAGCAGAGACCUUCCUUUUCCUCUGGUGACCAUCUGCCUGUUUUUCAUCAGCGGUUGCUCUCCCCUGCCAACGACAUUACGAGCCACAGGGACGAAUCCCAUGAGGCCUCUGAGGCCACGUGGGUUUUCGUCCGAGGCCCUUGUGCUUUCCACAGAAGAUUACGAUCGACUUGAGGACACGGUCUCCACCAUUUCACCCAGCAGUGUUUCUCCACGGGAAACGAUUCAUCAACGGUGCAACUACAAUCCUUGUGUCGAGGGUCACAGCUCGUGUUUAGCGAUGGGAGCCGCCAACGGCUGCUUGUGUCCGGGGUUCCCCUUACAUGACACGGCUCCGGAGGCUCCCAGCUUGAAAUCCGUGUCCUGGAAUGGGUCAGAGGUGGUAAUCCAGUGGUGUGCACCUUAUUCACAUGUCACAGAUUAUGUCGUGACCGUAGGGGGCCAAGAGUGGCAGACGUUUGGGAACAAGCAAAGGAGCGGGGCAUUGGGUGACAUAGAACACAUAGCAGAGGUCUGUGUGGUUGCAGUGAACGACAGCGGAGCCAGUGACGGGUCAUGUGUGAUGUACCGUCCCGCAGACAGCAGUCUGCCUCUGACAGCAGGACUCAUCGGGGGAGCUCUGGGCUUCCUGCUGCUCCUCUUGUUGGCCGUCCUGCUCUGGAGACACAGGAGGCAGAGGAAGCAGGAGGCCAGCAUCUCUAUGCGCGACACGGCCGAGACACAGUGAACAGAAAACAGAGCGAGACCGGCCGCUGGAGUGAGAUAAGACUUUGCCCCCUGAGACUUUUCAGGGUUACUGCACUUAAUUAACUUUGACUCCAUUAUAUGGUCUGCUGUUUUCCGCACAGAGAGGUUUUCUGACAGCGCAGGAAGAAGCAAGUUUCACCAUCUCACAUAAAUGUAUCUGACUGGUUGUUGUUCAAUGCCACAAAUAGAAGACCAUUUUUUUAAAACUCCUUGGGAGUGACUUGGGAAAUAUUCAUCAGAUCUGUUUUCUGAAAACUGAACCCAAGAGAGAAAACAUCUCGUAAAUCUGUCCAUUUCAAAAAAUAAGCUGUGUCUGAAAAAUCAGGAACAUCUCAGCAUGUCGUCCCUGCUUGCUACUGCUCGACUGUGCAUCUCCAAAACAUCAGCUUUUCAUGAGCCGGAGAAAAAAAUGUCUCAUUUUCAGCUUUGUGUUGGUGCAUUUUUCCAGUUUUAGCAGAAUUGUCUUCCUUCCCAAUCCAAAGGAGAUUUUUUUCUAGAAUUAAUCUUACAGGUGAUGUGAUGAAAUCAAAAAUGACAUGACACUAUAUAUAUCAUAUAUAUGAUGUUUUGUUGGUAUGAAGCUCCUUUCAAACUCUCUGUGAGAGUUCCUCGUUUUGUGUAUUUAAUUAAAGUGUGAGUCGCUUUAAGGCUGAAAACUGAAUCGUGUGCUCUAUUAUGUCCAGUUACGUGUUAAGGUUCAGUUUCUUUGAAGGGUUCCUUCAACUAAAGUUUGGGGAAACGGACUGAAGUCUAUAAAGCUACGGUACUUGUUUUGUUAAAAGGUCUGUUGACUGUUCGACUCCAGUAAAACUUUGCCUUGGCUGCUGCUGUACCCAUGUGUCAAAAUGUGUAGUUGUUUUACAGCUUUGGGAUGGCUGCCUUUUUCCAUCUGUCUUUUUUUGUCGGAAGUUGUGUCAGCGCACUGGAUGAGCACAAGUGUUCAGUGCUGUUUUUCCAGCUGUCACACAAUAGCCUCUCAGCGGAUAUGGAUUUUGUGAGCCUCCUCUCAUUCCAGCUGCGACAUCCAGACAUCCAGCAGUAGACGGGUGAGAAGCUUCAGGCUUCCCCCUUUUUUUUUAUGCCAUGAUGAGAAAGAGAAGAAAGUCCAAUAUUUAAAUCCUCUCAGUUUAUCUCAUGUUCAAGCCUCCAUCUGCAUGUCUCAAAGCCAUGUUCUAAUUCCUUUUUGCUCCGGUUGCUGCCACGGAGUUUUUCCGGCCGCUUCUGGCGUUUUCCUCGCUCCAACUGAACGGCACAACUUACACCGCACCGAGCUGUAUGGAAGUCGUCUAACAUUUGUAAUUUGGAGAUUCUACAGACUGUUUAUUUCUGCUGCUGAAACGCCCUCAAGGUGUGGCCUCAGUGACAUACAUUCAGCCUGAGAUCAGCCACCCUCAAACUGGGAGGGAAAAUACUUUAAAUAUAGAGCAAUUGCACAAAAAAAAAACAUGGGUGGAUACAAUAUCACAUGGUUGUAGCAGUCUGUUUUAAACAAACUAAGCUGUACUUGAUGCAGAAAUGCAGAAUAUAUUUAAACCCAAACCACAAAGAGUGACAGAGCAACGCUGCUCUGGUGGUGACAGCAGGACAGAACAACAUGUUCCCAUGACAAGAAACAACAUGUACUGCAAAUAAAUCUUAUUUCAAAAUUGA